UUUGUUGUUGUUGAUUUGCAGAAGAAGAGUAAGAAGAAUGAAGGAGGAGAGAAGAAGAAUAACAGUGGAGAAGUAGUGCUGAAGAAGGAAGGAGGAGAGAAGAAGAACGAUGGAAACUUAACUGUGGUUUUGAAAUCGGAUUUUCAUUGCGAAGGUUGUGUUACUAAAGUUGUCAAAGCGAUAAAAAGCGUUGGAGGUGUGGAGAAAGUUACGUGCGAUGCCGAUUCGAAAAAGUUGACGGUUAUCGGAAAAGUUGAUCCGGUGAUGUUAAAGGAGAAAGUUGAACAGAAAACACACAAAAAUGUUGAACUUGUUUCGCCGGUACCAAAAAAGGACGGCAAAGGAAAAGGAGGCGGCGGUGGAGAUUCCGCCGGCGGUGCCGGAGAAGAGAAGAAGAAGCAGAACAAGGAAAAGGAUGCGAAAGAGAACAAAGGAGGAGGAGAAGACAAAAAGACCAAAGAGAAAGAGCCUCCGAUCACCACAGCGGUGCUGAAGGUGCAUCUCCAUUGUCAAGGAUGUGUACAGAAGAUCUCCAAAAUUGUCACCAAAUGCAAAGGAUAUAAGGAAAUGAAAAUAGACAAACAGAAGGAUUUGGUGACUGUGACAGGGUCGAUGAACAUGAAAGAGCUGGCGGAGAUGUUGAAGAAACAUUUGAAGAAGGAAGUUGAAAUUGUGCCGCAGAAGAAGGAAGGCGGAGAUAAUAAGAAAGAGAAAGGUGGUGACGGUGGUGGUGAAAACGGAAAAGGUGGCAAUGGUGGUGGUAAAGCGAAGGGAAAAGGCGGGGAAGGCAAUGGCGAAGGAAAGGGGAAGGUGAAGGAUGAGGUAGGUGGUGGCGACGGAGGUUUUGGUGGUGGAGAGAUGAUAAUGAAUAGUAAUGUAGGUAAUGGUAUGCAGAUGAUGCAGCAGCAAGUCCAGUUUGGGUAUCCAUACCCGUAUAUGUACGGGCCGGUUUAUCCAGCUGACCAGUUUCAGAACCCGUACCCGGUAUCAGUUCAUGCCCCUCAACUCUUUAGUGAUGAGAACCCAAAUGCCUGCAGUAUUAUGUGAUGAUAAUCAUGAGAUUGGAAAAAAUAAUCAGAGCUCUUUUUGCUAAUUUUAGAGAAAAUCAAAAGCUAAAAACUUGUAGAUAAAGAGAAGAUGGCCUGGUGAUAAUUAUUAGUAGUACUAGUAUUAAUCAUAAAUCUGUAUGUAAUUAGCUUCUAAAAUGGGUGAAAAAUGUUCUAAAAUUAGAUAAUGAUUAUUAGUAGUAGCUCCUCUUUUAAGAUGGCCAAUCCACUACUAGUUAUGGCUUAGUUCUGAACUUGCAGAAUUUCUUUUGUAGUUUCAAAUUUUUGUAUGUUAAUUUAGUGAAUCAACUC